GUGCGAGUGGAGAGGAGCAAAGGAAAGGAGCUCUGGGGCUCCUGAAGCCAAUUGCAGAACUUAUGACCGAGAAGUGCUGUGUGGAUAACUGCGUUUUGAUGGCACGCACUCACGCUCGCUUGCUUGACCUCUGGAGGGAACGUGCUUCUAAGGGACAGGCUGAAGCCCGCAGGACGCUGGCUGAAAUGCUUACUCCUUCAGGUGGCUUGAGAUCAAACUGCUACAAGUUCAUCAGCUGGGUCACAGGCUGCAGCCAUAGCACCAUUGGCCGGGUCAGCGAGCAGAUGAAAAGAACCGGAGGCGAGAGAGAGCCUCCUCCCCACGGGCUCAAAAGGUGGUGGAAGGGGAAGGCGAGGACUCAGAAAAAGGUUGGUGUUGAGCGACUGGGCACCAGGAACCCAACAAAUGCCCCAAGCUCUACUCGAGGUUCUGCCAGUGUAGCUGCAGCAGCCUCAGAAAGCAUCACAAUGUCUGUCCCAAGUGUUCAGCUGUCCUCUUUGCCAGCCACCGUUCAGAUCCAGGUGCAACAGCAACAAAUUGAGGUGUUGAAAAAACAAGUUCAGAUUCUGCAGCAACAACAGCAGCAACAACAUGGCUACAAGCCCCAGAACGUUUCAGAUUUCUCACCAGUGUCUCCACAACGAAGUGUCGCAACCCAGCAAACCGCUCAGCACCUCCAGGCAAUGGGUUCACCUCAAGUUACCAGCCUCCAAGAGCCUUCUUCUGUGUGUCCAGCAAACGGCGUGAUAGUCCCACAGCAAUUGAUGGGACUGUCAUCCAAACCACAGGCACUACAGCAGCAAAGUGUGUCCAAAGAGGGUCCGGUGAUGGGAUGGAUAAUGCAGAAUGCCAGCCAUUCCCAGCUCCUGUCCACUGUGCCAACCACCAUUGGGCUCAUCCAGGAUAUCCUCCAACAGAGUGAUAUUCAGAUCCUUGUUCAAACGUUAGACCUGCCCUGCAGUGUGGCUGGGACCAUCAGGCCUCAGCCCCAGGCUGCUUUAUUGUGCAAUAUUCCCACUAACUCGGCAAACAACUGCGGGAAUGUCAGCGGACAGUAUAGCCCCUUUCUGGACCCUGGACAAGUCACUAUUCAGGAAGUGCCAGCCCAGCUCGUACCCAUUUCUCUGAACCAGGAAUUAUCGGCCUUUCAAAUCCAGCAGAAGAAGGAACGGCAGGAGUGCAGGGAGCAAGGGCAGCUGUUAGACUCGGGGCCUCCUGAAGACCUGGUCCUUAGCCAGGGACAGAUUCCGCAAGUCCAGGCUUCUGCCCUGACGCACACUGAGGCUCUGGCCCACCUUCGCCCUCGAGUGGAAACGUUGAAGAUGAAGAUCCAGUGCCCUGGUGGAGCGGAGCAGCUCCUGAAGCAGCCGGGACUGUCUGCUCUUCCCCAGACACAGCAGCUAAUGCCAGUCACGGCUGUUGAGGGUCAGGUUCCAGUCCACAGCACUGGUGAGCAGCCUCCUCACAUCCCCGUAGGGGCUCGAAGCCAGUUGCAGUGCCUGACCUUGUCUGGAUUCACAUCGUCACAGACAACAGGAUCCGAAAACCAUCCAACGGAACAGCAGAUCGCUUUACCUCUGGGACUUCUUGAUGUUCUGCAGCCACACGCUUAAAGAGCCAGAAUGGACGCAGAUAGCAGCUUCUCUGCAAGCUGCAGAGGGAGAGCCUUGAGUUACAUCUCACUGACUGCAAGGACCGCAGUGAAAAGUGGUGCUGUAGCCCCUAUAUUUUUAUACACAGAUCAUUUUAUUUUUGGAACAUUAUUAUACUGACUGGCAACAGUGGGGCAAGACCUAGAUUUUACACUUGGAUCAGCAAAUGAUUUAAAAGUUUAUUUGUGGAAAUGAGAUCAAUCAUAGUACUCUUGUGCUUUAUAUAUAAUAUAGAUUAUAUCAAGGACAUUGUGUAACUAAUGUAUAUAAUGUGUGUGUGUUUAUAAUAUAUAGUGUGUGAAAACCUAGUUUUUAUAAUGCCUCCUGCAUUUGAUUGGGAAAUGGAAAGAGUGAAAGUGGAGUGUGUGUGGGGGUGGGUGCGAGGGCUGAGGUGGAAAGGUCGGUGGUAUGUGUGUGUGUUGGGGGGACGGAGGAAAAGAAGGAAGGUGCUGUGUGUUUGAGUGUGUGUUGUGUGUACUGACAAUCUUGCCUGAAACACACAAGAAUCUUUAAGCUGCUGAUCAACCAAGCUUUAUUGAAUCACGGGGGCGGGCGGGUGGGGGUAGAAAAACUAAUCGCCUGGAGAAAUGCCACAAUAGUUUUUAUUCUUACAUCACUUUCACACACCAACUUUUUAUAUUUCAUUUUGUGACAUUUAAACUCGGUGACUCUCGGAGCACCUGUGAUUGCUCAGAAUAACUGCAAGACUCGUCACUGAUGAGACAACACAAGGCGAGUCUAACUAUUGAGAUCACAGAAACAGGUUGGAGAUUGUUCAUCUCUUUUGGAUUGUGGAGGAACUUGCAAGAAACAAGUCCUGUUUUGUGUAACCGAUUUUAUUUACAGUUGACACUUAAGUGAAUAAGGGUGUGUGUAAAUUAUGCGUAUAUUGUCCCUGCUCUUUGACUUUACUUUUGUUCAUGGUAAAGCUAACCAACCACUUCAUCAAUUGUAAAGUAAACGGAAUGUGAAUUUUUCCA